AUGAAAGUCCAGGUUCUGAGUAGGAAGUUGAUAAAACCAUGCAUUCCGACACCUGGAAUUUUUCGUGAUUACACAAUAUCGUUCAUUGAUGAGCUUGCUCCCUCCAUUAACGUGCUUGCAGUUCUCUACUAUUCACCUGGUUUAAUCAUUAACAAACUGGAAGAAUCAUUGGCAGAAAUCUUGCCUCAGUUUUACCCACUUGCCGGAAGAUACAUGAAGGACGAUCACUUGGUUGAUUGCAGUGACCAGGGUGCUGCAUUUGUUGAAGCUCAAGUGGAUUGCCAGCUCCUGGAGAUUAUCGGCACCGGGGCAAAACCCGAGGAGCUAAACGAUCUCCUUCCAUGCCAAAGCUUUGCAACUGAGGAUGCCACAGAACCACUGCUUGCAAUUCAAGUAAGCAAGUUUAAAUGUGACGGGAUAGCAAUUGCUGUGAGUAUUUCCCACAGGAUUGCUGAUGCAUCCUCGCUUGGCAUGUUUGUAGCUGCCUGGGCGAAUGCUUGCCAAGGUGACAAUAUUGAAGCAAUUUCCUCACGUUUCAACUCCCCCUUGUUUUUCCCCGGCAAAAAAUUUUCUGCUCCUGAUUUUGGAGAAACAGGAACCAGGGAUAUUCAUAUCCCAGUUGCAAAGAUUGUUGCCAGGAGGUUUGUAUUUGAUAACAAGGCAAUAUCAGGGCUAAGGGCUAAGGUCAGUGAAGGAAAAACAGGAAAUCAGCAACCUUCGAGAGUACAAGUUGUUUCUGCGCUUAUAACUAAGGCGCUCUUGGCUGUAGUUGCCCUGACAACAUAUGGACAAUCGAGAAAUUUACUUGUCGCGCAGCUUGUUAGUGUUCGGGAAAGAACAGUUCCUCCAGUUCCAAAAUAUUGUUUUGGCAACUUAGUGGCAAUAGCAAUGACUGAAUGCAGCGUUGAUGAAGGCAAAAACAUGGGAUUUCAGGGUUUAGUUCGUUUGCUGGGCGAUAACGUUCGUAAAACUGUUGCAGAUUGCGCGAAAAUAUUGUCUAACGGAGAAGAUGGGUACAAGAUACUCGUGGAUACAAUUGUGGGUUUCAAUAAAAAAUCAGUCAAUGGUAACAUAAACGUCGUCUUGAUUACCGACUGGAGCAAGCUAGGACUUUAUGAAGUUGAUUUCGGAUGGGGAAAACCCAUGUUAGCAAGUGUUGCAAAUGUUCCCAUCAAAAACCUCGUCACGCUCAUGAAUAGCAAAGAGAGCGUUGGAAUUGAAGCAUGGGUGCAUUUGGAUGAAAAAGACAUGUCUCACUUUGAACAAGACGAGGAUAUAAAAAUGUUUACAACUUCGUUAGGUUGA